CAGAAGUUUCAGCUGAAGUCAAGAGAGGUGAAGUGAGUUCCCCACGUCACACAGAGAGGUAUGAACAGAGACUCUGUUAGAACCUGGGUCCUCUGACUCUCCAGAGUUCUUUCCUCUACUCCUCCCCUGCCCAGGUGCUAUACCACCUCAAGCCAGAGUGAUGGGGAGUGAGACCAUGUUAGAUACCAGAUGAUGCUGGGAGUUUCCAGAAAUAGUUUGGGUCUUCCCGGAGCUCCUCUCUGUCCCUGCCCUCCUGGCCCUCAGGAUCUGCCAUACGCCUGAGUCUUGACAACGUACAGCUAGGGGAGACCUUGGCAAAUGCUUCAGAUGGGCCAACGGCCCUUCCUUUCUGUAGGAGGAGCAGCUGGGGCAGGAGCCAUGCUGCUGUGCUAUUUGGCCCUCACCCUCAUAUUGCUGGCAGUUUCUGGCAUCAAGUGUGAUGUGAAGGAAGUUUGUGCUGGAAGCCCUGGCAUUCCUGGAACUCCGGGAUCCCAUGGCCUGCCUGGCCGGGAUGGGCGAGAUGGUAUCAAAGGAGACCCUGGACCUCCAGGCCCCAUGGGCCCCCCUGGAGGAAUGCCAGGCCCCCCUGGCCGUGAUGGGCCAAUUGGAGCCCCUGGUGCCGCUGGAGAGCGUGGAGACAAGGGAGAGCCUGGCGAGAGGGGCCCUCCAGGACUUCCAGCUUAUCUAGAUGAGGAGCUCCAAACCACACUCCACGACUUCAGACAUCAGAUCCUGCAGUUGAUGGGCGUCCUCAGUCUGCAGGGGUCCAUGCUGGCAGUGGGAGAGAAGGUCUUCUCCACCAGUGGGCAGUCGGUUGAUUUUGAUGCCAUCAGAGAGUCAUGUGCCAGAGUUGGCGGCCGCAUUGCUGUCCCGAGGAAUCCAGAGGAGAAUGAGGCCAUUGCAAGCAUUGUGAAGAAGCACAAUACUUAUGCCUACCUGGGCCUGGAAGAGGGCCCCACCCCUGGAGACUUCUACUACUUGGAUGGGGCUCCUGUGAAUUACACCAACUGGUACUCAGGGGAACCCAGGGGUCGUGGCAAAGAGAAGUGUGUGGAGAUGUACACAGAUGGGCAGUGGAAUGACAAGAGCUGCCUGCAGUACCGACUGGCCAUCUGCGAGUUUUGAGCAGGCACUGAGGCCACAGGAUAGAUAGGGUCCUGCCUUGCCUUUCAGCCUCCAUCCUGAGGAUCCACCUUAUCUAUGAGAUGCUGUAACUCCUUUUCAACAAAAUUUUUUUGUGGCUAUUAGAGUUGGAGGCAUUCUUAGCCACUCCACUCCCCGGGUGGGCCCUGACUCCUCCCACAUGAUCACUAAUCAGUCUGACACUCCCCUGGGGCCCUUUCUCAGCACUGCACUCUAGGCAGCCACUCUAGCUUUGCCCUUUGGCGAGAGAUGGAUACUUCCUUCUUAUUCUUCUUGUCCAAUUCCUUCAUUUAUAGAUGGCAACAUGAGGUCCUGGGAUGGAAGGACCCUCCACACACACAGAGGGUGCCUGCUUCCAGGCUCCCUCUACUCUUUCUCUGCAGCCUACCACCUGCUCAGCCUCAAGAUUUAGCAAUUCUGAUCAAGCAUAAUGAUAGAGACAGGCAUACUUCUGGGAAAUUCCAAAUGUGUGGACGUAAGGCCACAUUUGGGAUUAUCUGGCAGCCUGGGGCCUCUGGGAGCACACCUGGUCAUUCUCUCCAUGUGGUCAGAAGGCCAGGUGGUGCUCCAGCAUGGUGGAGGCCAACCCAACCCUAGUGAUUGUCAUGUAUUAUCCAAUUCCUCGAGUCUUGGGGUACCAACUCAACUCCCUGACAUAAAAGCAGCCAGCCUACAUCUCCAGGGAAGAUCUCGCCCACCACCCCAGACAUAACCCAAGAAACUUCCUGCUGUUGGACAAAUCUCCACACCACUCACCAUACUACUGACUAUUGAGCACAUACUACAUGCUAAGCACCUUGACAAGCACUUCCAAUACAUCUUAUAAAAUAUUAUUUAAUUUUUACACAAUGCCAUGGGACCAGCAUUAUUUCCCCCAUUUUCUAUAUGAGGAUACUGAAACUUAAGAGAUGUUAAAUGUUUUGAGUUUUAUUACAUGGAGCACAUGGCAGAGGCUAGAUUCAAAUCCAUCCACCUGGACCUGAAGCUCAUGCUCAUAACCACCCCACCCUCUCGCUGAACAGAGAUGAUUUAAGUGUAAUAAAUCAUGAAUAUGUUAACAUAAA